GAAGAAAGAGAGAGAGAGAGAGAGAGGAAAACAGAGAGAGAGGGACUCUGAACAUGUUGAAGGGAGGGAGCAGGGGAGGAUAGCGAGUGAGGGAUGGGGAGAAUGCCGAGCGGAUAGAAGUGUUACUACAGAGCUGCUGCUGCUGCUGGAGGAUGGGCUGGGAGCCGAGGAUAAUGCUCCAUUCCUCAGCGUACAGCGGCAUGCCGGACACCUUGUGAUUUCUCGUGGCGGCGGCGGCGGCUGUUGAGGAGGAAAUUCUUCAUUGUUGCAGCAGUCUUUUCUUUUCCCCUCUCCUUUUAACCACAGCCUUCUUCAUCAUCUUCGUGCUCGCCCCUCCUCACUCCUUAUUCCUCUGCAACUGGCAACCGCUGGGCUCCCCCUCCUCUCUUUUCUACUUCUGUCCCCUUUUUCCAGAGGAGGGAUUUCUGUAUUUCAUCAGGGAUUGUAGAAGACAUGUCUCUCUGGGAAUGAUGGUGUUGCCACAAGUGCCACCCUCUCUGUCGCCAUGACGAUGCCGUUCAGCCCCCUGUCCAGCGACGAGGAGCAACAAAGGAUGCUGGGAAAUAAUAGACAUCUCUAUCCAGGGGCAGAGGACGAGGAGGAGGAGGAGGAAGAGGAGGAGGAGGAAAUGGAAGAAGAUGAGCGUGGUGAGGACCAGGAAGAGGAGGAGAACGGCGAGCUGGAAGGGGAAGAGGAGGGCGAUGAGGAGGAGAUGGUGGAGGAGGUCAGGCGAGGUGGCCUAUCGCGGGGAGGCAGGGCUGAGGGACACAGGCCGGCAGGUAAACUGGCCGGAAGGCCCGCCGGGGACAGACAGAUUCGGCCAGGGAACCCUGGACACACCACAAACCCCUAUUCGUCCAAUCCCGGACCCACGCACCAACAGCCGGCCAAUCACGUACAGCAGCAGCAGCCACAGCAGCAGCGGAGAGUGAAGGAGCGCGGCACGGCAUCAUCUGAGGACACCCACAUUGCCAUGAUGGUGUUCCGCAUUGGCAUCCCAGACAUCAAGCAAACGAAAUGUUUGCGGUUUAACCCAGAGGCCACGGUCUGGAAGGCCAAGCAGCAGGUACUGUGCUCCCUGACCGAAUCUCUGCGGGACGUCCUGAACUAUGGUCUGUUCCAGCCCGCCACGGACGGCCAUGAUGCCAUGUUCCUGGAGGAGGAGAGGCUGCUCAGAGAGUACCCACAGUCCUUUGAGAAAGGGGUACCAUAUUUGGAGUUUCGAUACAAAACCAGGGUGUACAAACAGACCAAUCUGGAUGAGAAGCAACUGGCCAAACUGCACACUAAGGCUAGCCUGAAGAAAUUCAUGGAUUACAUUCAAACCAGCGCUGUGGACAAGAUGGCCAAGUUCUUAGACAAAGGCCUCGAUCCCAACUACCAGGAUGCUGACACCGGCGAGACUGCUCUGUCCUUGGCAGUGCAGUGUGAGCCGGGUGGAGGUGAGGCUAUCCGGGUCCUGGUGGAGGGAGGUGCUCACAUUGACUUCCGCGCCAAAGAUGGACUCACACCCGUACACAAAGCUGUGCGAGGCCACCGCCAUACAGCCCUUCUGGUCCUGCUGUCUCUGGGUGCGUCCCCGGACUAUAAGGACCGGCGAGGGCUGACGCCGCUCUACCACACUGUGCUGACAGGGGGGGACACCUCCUGCUGCGAAACACUGCUUUACCACCACGCCAAACUAGGCAUCAGGGACGAGAAUGGCUGGGACGAGACACAUCAGGCCUGUCAGCAUGGUAACUCGCAGCAUCUGGAGCACCUCCUCUUCUAUGGUGCGGAUUCUUCCUCCCAGAAUGCCUCUGGAAACACUGCCUUGCACAUCUGCGCUUUGUACAACAAGGAAAGCUGUUCUCGAAUUCUGCUCUAUCGGGGAGCAAAUAAAGACACAAAGAACAACAAUGGGCAGACCCCCUUUCAGGUGGCGGUUAUGUCCGGCCAUUUUGAGCUGGGAGAAAUCAUCAAAAACCACCGGGAUACAGAUGUGGUUCCCUUUGUGGAGUCUCCAAAGUACGCCCCCCAGAGGCGGGAGAGCACCCGUACUCUGACAAUACCCCACCCUCAUCCUUUCCUCCGGGCCAACAGUGACAGCAGCAUGAACUUGCCAGACUGGAUGGCAGUGCCCAACGCCCCAGGGACCAACAUCGUCUCUGUGCAGGGCUACAAGCAUACAGGAACCCUGCGGAGCUCCAGCAGUCCCAGAGGGGCGAGGACGCGUUCUCCAUCCCGAGGAAGGAUCGGAGACAAGGAGGAUCGAAGCAGGCAGAGUCGGAGACAGGGGCCUGCUCCUGCCAGCGUAGCUGCACAAACCGCAGGUCAGCGAAGACGGCUCUACAGCGCUGUCCCAGGACGAGUCUUUGUAGCUACUCGAUCACACUCUGCCCAGGGAGAGCGAGAAAUCAGCUUCAGUAAAGGAGACAGGGUCAAAGUGUUGAGUGUUGGCGAGGGCGGGUACUGGGAGGGAACGGUCAGGGGUCGCACAGGUUGGUUCCCCUCUGACUGUGUGGAGGAAGUGAUGCUCCGAAGCCAAGACAACCGAUCAGAGAGCCGUGGAGAACGAGCCAAAAGGCUGUUCCGCCAUUACACUGUGGGAUCCUAUGAUAGCUUUGACGCUCCCAGGUAAGAGUUACUGUACUUUGCCAGUUGCCAAAACUGAUGUACAGCAAACUGAAGCCAGUUUUAUCCAAAACAAGCAGCCACCUGCGCAGAUUCUCGAAGCAGCAGGGGCAAAAACUGGAUAAGGGGCUCUGCUUCAGCUCACAGAGUUAAGGGUACAGUAGGGUUCAUUUAGGGUAAGGUCACUCCAGAAUGGUACCAGAGAGCUAUUUGAGCUGAACACAGGGGCACUUUGGGGCACUUGGGCUGACAAAAGAGGCAUUUGGAUGCUUCAGUGCCUGUUUGAUGUGACAUUAGGACCAGAAUGAAGCAUGAAAGUAUCCCAUUAUGACAAAGACACAUCCUGGUUAAAUGAAGGUCAAGGGAAGGGCAGCUUGACAUUCAGAUUACUUCUCUACUGCGGCAAAAAGGGGCUUAACGCUUGGCUAAAUAGUAUGGUGUAGCUUGUCCAUCCGCCCAGUGGGUACUGCAAAUCAAACGGACGGCCUUUUCAUUAUGACCCUGCUUCUCCAAUGUUUAGACACACAGCACGUGUUGAGAGGGGAUUUGUUUGUACAGGAACAUGCUGUAUACAUCGUUUCAGAUAAGAUGAUUCAUGUAGUGAUUCAUGCGUUCCAGUGGUGCUUUGAUUUGUGUGAUGCGAUGUGUUGCGAGUGAUUCAUGUGGGAGGAUGACGAUGUGAGGGUUCACCGCCUCAGGUCUAGAAGCUGAUCUGUCUGCUUUCAUACUGGAGUUAUCCUCAAGGAUGCACAUGUUUACCAGCUGUGUUUUGACUGGCUGGUUUAGUUUAGUUUAACCUGGGCAGACAGGCAGGUCUUUGUCACAUCAGGAUUUUAGAGUAAGUUUCGUCCUUUGUGUGUCUGCGUUUUGGCUUUGAGUUGCAAAGCUGCAUUGUGGGGGGCGGCAAUUUUAAGGUUAGCUGAACUUGUCGGUGAUGGUGAACAAUCAAACCACUCUGAUGACUAAGAUCUAUUGACACUUGAGGGAAAAACUCUCCUGUAUUGACUUUGAGAGUGUGACUUCUCCUCAUUUACUCAGCCUAAUACAUUUCAUUUUCAAAUGUCUUGAACCUGUAAAAAGGCGAGCACGGCAUCGCUUUGAGGCAAACUCAUUUCAGUGUCCAUGACUUGGACUGAGCAAUGAGAGAAUUAUUUACAUAGAAAUAAAGCCAUUAUCAAUCGCAUGUAUUAUUUACAUGAAAUCCCGCCUUUCCCUCGUUUUUCGUUCUCUUGCUCAUCAUCAUUCUUUAUCAUUCAAGCCUGCUUUUUUUCUUUUCAUGUUUUCCUUUCACCUUAUCUCCAUCUGUAACUGUGUUUCUCUCAUGCACAUGCACACAGUAUCAUUUAUUAUUAACAUGCUUUUCAUCAACAGCGACAUUUAAUGCAAGCAACGCACUCAGCCAUGCAAACUCACACACAUUAUGUUUGACACGCAUGCUACACACACACCAUGGAUAUUUAAAACCGUGCACUGCAGCAUAGAUGGAGCCCAAAACUAUUUGUUUGGCCAGGCAGGCUGGCAUGGCUGACUCAGAACCGCCCUCACAUAGGCCUACUUUCACAGCCUUUAUCACUACAUGUAAUAUCUCAUGUAUCCCUCCUUUAAGUCCUCCGUAUUUGGCCACAUCUCCCAACCAUCUCUGCGUCCCUCCUGUGCUUUCUAUUCAUCACGGUAUUGCUAACCCUCCUGUACUGUUUAAUUUUCUUUCUAUCACCCUCUCUCCCCUGUGGUGUCUCCAUCUGGAGGUCAAACAGUGAAGGGCACUCUAAAGGGAGAGCAGGGCUGAAGAGAGGGAUGAAGAGGUUGGAUGAAGGGAGAAGGGCAUUCUGUGUUUAUAAAUGGGUAAAAACAGACAUAUGCAUUGUUUUUUGUGCAAGCAACAGGGGGCCAAAGCAGGUUAGAAGAAAGUGUGAAGAAGGAUGUCCUCUGCCAUGUUUUAACUUUUUUUCCAUAUGAUGCUAAUUACAUUCUUUAUUAGG